GAUAAACACGUUCUCUGGAUGCACCAAUUUGUCAUCAACGUUUCACCCAAAAACUGAACCAAGAAUGAAGCUCUGGCCAGUUUUGGACCUCUGCCAUCUCGACUCUUCUCCGCUAACUUGAACCUUGACAGACGGCAUUACAGAAAUGAGUGAAGUCUCUAUCACUUUUGACAAACUUACCUCGUAUGUCUUGGAGCAACAAAUUACUAGCCCUGAACACACAUUAGGCUUGUGGCCUCUUUACCCUUUUUCACUUGUGACAGUUGGAUCAGAUUGAAGCUCCAGCUUCCUACGUUUAGUCUCAGAAAAAUCCUUGGAGUCAUUUAGUCCCAACCGGUCAUUAACAGUAUAAUCAAGACAACGACCCUAGUGUUUGCAGGCUAUGCUGGAUACAUGGGCUUCACUGGCACACUCUCCAUAUCAACUUUCAAAGGUUGCAUUCUAAGGCCAUCUCGAGAACUGUCUGCAUUAAAGUUCUAGUGGUAGAAGAUAAAGCAAGCUCUCAAUUCAACGUUUCCACUGACAACUGGAGGAAUCCAUGUUCACAGUCAUUUGGACAAGAUGAAUCCAGUGAUACUGAGACCAAUUGUAGUAUCCUUAUCGCCAUCCUAGGUGACAAAAAAAAAACCAGCUGAGCCUCUGGGGGAGACUGUUGCAAAUAUAAUGACAGUUAUAAUGGGAUUCUGUUGAUCUAGCCAAAGCUAAUGGUAAUCUACUAGACACAAACCUUUCCCUUGUGCACCUUGCCAAAGUCAGUGAGAAAGGAUGCAGUGUGUUUCUGGCUGCUUGGAGGUGCAGUGAAGCAAGCAAGAGUUUUUUUGAACCAUAAGAGGGAUAUCAUCAGACCAAUUCAUCUGUUGUUGGCUACUCAGAACAACACACCUUGGGAGUCUCCAACGCUGCUAGUAGGUUGGGGACCUGACCUUGGGUCAAGAGCUGUUGUCAAAGACAAGGAAAUGGCAGCAGAGACUCAGACACUCAACUUUGGACCAGAAUGGCUUCGCGCAUUGUCCAGUGGUGGAAGUGUUGCGUCCCCACCUCCUUCACCUGCAUUGCCAAAAUACAAAUUAGCAGAUUAUCGAUAUGGAAGAGAAGAAAUGCUAGCACUUUAUAUGAAAGAUAAUAAGGUUCCUGAAGAGUUGGCGGAUAAAGAAUUCCUGGCUAUUUUACAGGAUGAGCCACUUCUGCCCUUGGCACUUGUACCUCUUACAGAGGAAGAGCAGAGAAAUUUUUCAAUGUCUGUAAACAGCUCUGCAGUGAUGAGGUUGAUGGGGCGGGGAGGAGGAGCCCCACCAGCGGGGGUGGUCAGAGGCAGAGGUGGUGCCAGGGGCCGGGGUCGAGGAAGAGGAGAAAGCGGUUAUUACCAAAGAAGUUUUGAAGAUGGAGAAGGGGGGUUUAGCCGUGGAGCACGUGAAAUGCUGAGGAGUCAGAGCUGGGAGGAAAGGGGUGACAGAAGAUUUGAGAAGCCUGGUCGUAGAGAUGGAGUACGGGUAGGGUUUGAGGAAGUGACUCCAACCUCGCGCAAGCAGGAUUUUGCUCGUUCUGACAGUGAGAACUGGCGAGCCAUCCGUGAAGAGCAGAAUGGUGAAGAUGAGGAUGGAGGCUGGAGAACAGCUGGAGCAAGAAGAGAAGGUGACCGGUGGCGACCCCCCAGCCCAGAUGGUCCUCGCUCCGCAGGCUGGAGGGACCACACCGAUCAGCAGCGGCGGCGGAGGUUUGACUUCGACUUUCGGGAGCGAGAUGAAGACCGUUCAUAUAGGAGAGGCAGGACGGGCAGUGGCAGCUAUGAAGAUGAGAAGGAUAAUUUGCCCGAAUGGUGCCUGGAAGAUGCAGAAGAGGAAAUGGGAACGUUUGAUUCAUCUGGGGCUUUCAUGUCAUUAAAGAAAGGUUCCAAGGAACCAAUUCCCGAAGAACAGGAGCUGGAGUUCAGAGGAGUGGAUGAAUUGGAUGAGCGACCAGAAAACGAAUACGAUAUGGAAUUUUACAAGGAAUCUGACAGGACGGAAAAUGGUGAUGCAGACAGAACAGAUCUGCCAUCUGAAGCAUACAACGGCAAGACCUCUCCAUCAUGCUCAUCUUCCUCUCCUUCGGAGUCCCAGCCCCAGGAGGUGUUCCUUCCGGUACCUGAAGAAUGUGAGGCUGUUGUACAUCGGGCUGAGACAGAGUUGACAGAUUCUGUGUCAGACACCCAAGGACACAACAAACCAGUUGAUGAAGCUGUGAAUUUGGGCCAGCCUGCUCAGCUGAGUCCAGCCACGGUCUCGACUUUAUCAUCCUCUUCACCUUCCUCCUCUCCUCCAUAUCCUGGCACUGCUGCUGAAUUCAUACCAGCGGAUAAUGACGACGAUGAGGGAAUGAAACGUUUUGAGCAGGAAGCUGAAAAAAUGGUUGCAUCUCUGCAUGACAACUCUCUGGACGAUGAGCGGUUUGUAGAGAUGAUGCAGGAUCAGAGGAGUCGAGCUGCUGCUGCUGCCUUGCCCCUCUCGCAUGAGGCAGCUAUGAAGUGGUUCUACAAAGAUCCACAAGGAGAGAUUCAGGGCCCAUUCACGACACAGGAAAUGGCUGACUGGUUCCAAGCUGGAUACUUUCCCAUGUCCCUGCUGGUCAAACGGGGUUGUGAUGAGGGUUUCCAGCCUCUGGGCGAUGUGAUAAAAAUGUGGGGAAGAGUGCCUUUUGCUCCUGGACCCUCCCCGCCACCAUUGCUGCCCAACCCGAAUUCGACAGAUGUAGUCAGGACACAUCAGGGCGAUAUGGACCAAGGGAGACUGAAAAAGCAGCGAGAGCUGGCAGCUGCCUUGUAUCAUCAGCUUCAGUACCAGCAGUUUCUACAACUCAUAAACAGUCGGCAACAGCUCUUACAGUGUGCACUGCAGCAGAAGGCGAACAUGACGCCCCAACAGCAGCAGCAACUUAUGCUGUUCCUGCAGCAGAUCCAGAACCUCAAAUCCAGGUGUGCAGAACAAAAUUUGAUUCCUCCUAUCAACAGAUCUGUGUCAGUUCCCGAAACUGGGUCCCUCUGGGACCUUCCAGCCUCUGCUUCACAGCCCUCAGGCUGUGAAGCGGGUAGUUUGUGGGAUUCAGCAUCUCAGGGUCCGCUACUGGAACAAAUUCAAAAACUAGAGCGAGAGAAAGCUACAAAACUAAAGCAGGAGCGAAGAGAUGUGGAGCUAAGGAACAAAAGGGAAGAGGAUGACAGAAAACGACAGGAUGAAAUCCGGUGGCAAGAAGAAGAGCGCAAACGUAGGGAUGAAGAUGAGCUCACGAGGAGGAAACAGGAAGAGGUGGUCCGAUUUCAAAGAGAGCAGCAAGAGGAGGCUGCCCGGCGCCAAAGAGAGGAAGAGGAUCGGAGACAAGAGGAGGCCCUGAGGCGACGUGACGAGGAGGAAAGGCGGCAGAUGGAGGACAUCCUCCGAAAGCAGGAGAAGGAUCGGCGGUGGAUGGAGGAAGAGGAGAGCAGGCGCCAGCUGGAGGAAGAGGCCAGGCGCAGGCUUGCUGAGGAGGAGGAACGGAAACGCAAAGAGAUGGACCUGCAACUUCAGCGGCAGCAGGAAAUGCUGAGGCAUAGGCAGCAGCAGGAGGCACUGAGGCGCUUGCAGCAGCAACAGUUGGCACACAUAAAGAUCCCUUCUUCCACUACAUGGGGGCAGCAAUCCAACUCGGUACCACCUCUUCAGAAGCUGGAGGAGGAACGGGAGCGGCAGCGCAGGGAGGAGCAGUGUCGUCAGCAGCAGGAGAUAAUGAAGGUACUCCAGCAACACCAGCAGAAGUCACCUGGCUGGAACAGUAUCCCCAAGCAGUCUAUGUCUGUAAAAUCACUACUGGAGAUGCAACAGGAACUGCAGAAACAGCAGCAGCAAAGGGCACAGGCACGGGCUCAUUCCGGUAUACCUAUCAACAGCUCUUCGGUGUGGGGAUUACCUGGUCAGUGGGGGUCUGAUAUGAACAACAUGUGGAGUGUACACGAAACUAAGAACUCUAACAUAAGCCUGUGGGGGGAUGAGGCUGUGAAGAGCACAGGCCCUGUGAUCAGGAAUGCAGGGUUGAAGAACAGCAGGAGCAGUCCUUCACUAAGUGACUCGUAUGGUAUUCCCACCAGACCGAGCAAGAAGAAGACUGAAGAUGAGGAGAAGUUACUGAAGCUAUUCCAGGGAAUGAAUAAAACUCAAGAUGGCUUCACACAGUGGUGUGAACAAAUGCUGCACGUCCUCAAUACAGCCAACAACCUGGAUGUUCCUACGUUUGUGUCCUUCCUUAAAGAAGUGGAUUCGCCAUAUGAGGUGCAUGAUUACAUUCGUGCAUACCUGGGUGACACCCCUGAGGCCAAAGAGUUUGCCAAGCAGUUCCUGGAUCGUCGUGCCAAACAAAAGGCCAACCAGCAAAGACAGCAGCAGCAGCAGUUAACAAAGGAGCUUUUAGGCCUCACUGGGAACCUCUCUCUGCAGCCUGACAGAUUACAGGACUCCAUCUGGGGGAUCAGUUCAAACAGCUUACAGUCACUGUUCCAGGCUAAUCACAACAGUGCACAGCAGUCAUCUUACGAGAGCUCCCAAGCUGGGAAAAAGAAAAAGAAGCAAAAGAUGGUGAGGGCUGAUCCUAGUAUCCUGGGCUUCUCUGUGAAUGCAUCAUCAGAGCGACUGAAUAUGGGAGAAAUAGAGACAAUGGAUGACUUUUAAACAAGGUUUUUUUUAAAAAGUUCCUAAAAGCUGCCUUUGACUCCUAAUUGACCAUACCUGGAACAUGCUUCAUGGUAGGCAUCCACGGUGAUGAAUCCAGGAUCUCCGCUCCCUGUGCUGGCAAGAAGUGUGAAAUUCACUUAAUUUUUUUUUGUGAACCCUCUGGGUACUUCUGCUCUUCAUUGGAUGAAGCACCUUAAUAACCAUGCACUUUAUCAGACAUUGUAUAUAGACUGAAACUGGAGGUUUUCUUGAAUAUAAAGUUCCUUUUUUUUUGGAAAUAUAUCUGCAAAACACUGUUACUGUUUUUAAAAAAAAAUUGUUUUUUUUGAAAGGACGUGGAACCUGAAGAAAUGCACUUAAAGACUGAAUCCAGAACUGGAAGUUAUGGUGUGCUAUAGUUUGGACAAUGUGAUUUGAGUGUUUAGGUCCCUUUUUUAAACAAAAAAAAGGAGGCAGAGAGAGAGAAAGAAAAGGGAGAGGAUCAGGAGGCCACUUACUCAGUUUUGCUUUGGUUGCACAUAAAGCACCGAGCUACAUUGGACUAACCCGAACAGCACUGCGCGAGAGUGGAUUUUCAGCGUUUACGUGGUGCUUUAUACAAGGAAUGUAUAUAUAAAAAAAAGACAAUAAAUACAUACUUGGACAGAGUAGUUCAAGUGGACUGCUGCGUUGACAGCUUUUUGUUGGUUUUGUUUUUUAAAAAAGAAAAGCUAUUUUCCCCACCCCUUCCUAGGUUAAGUACCUCUUAACCCAGGAAUCCAAGCUCACCGGCAGUAACGCGGAACCCACGCUGUCUUGACAGCCACGCGGACUGCACCACACCCAGAAGCGGGUGGCAGCUGAAGAAUCGGAAAAGGGAAAGAAGGGGAAAACGGAGAGAGCCUGACCCUCCAUUUUGCUUUGUUCUUCAAAAGGUUGCAAGAUGGCGGAAAGUCCCUAAAAACCCUUGUUAUCCCUUCCCCUACCCCCCUCCCUCACCUUACUCCACUGAGGUGACUUAACAGCUGUGCAAGGGCUGUACGCUAAUUACCACUGUUCAUGUGGGACCAUUCAGUCUUGUGUGUUUUUUUUUAAAGAGGAUAGUUGUACUUGGUCUAAGUUUGUGUGUGUGUUUUUUUUUCCCAAAUUUAAACUUCUGUUCCCUUUUGGAAUAGAUCCAGAGUGGUAGGACUGAAGUGCAUCUCUUUAAAAGUUGGCUGCUUUGUAUUUGGACUCUGGCAGAAUGGCUCCCACUGAUGAUGCAUGUUUUUUUUUCUUUUUUGUUUUCUCUUAUCAAACCACAACUUGUCUUAAAGCUUUAAGAAAUGAGGUGAUCCACAGGUUAGCAUCCAGAAAGUCUGGGUGGAAAAGUGUGCCCGCUUCACAGGCGACUCUUUCGGAAGAUUGGAACCAUAGUGAAGUCUAGUUGACUUGUGACCGGACAGAAUAAAGUCAGUAAGUGUCUGCAGAGUACAUUUAAAAAUGGCGGUGAAACCCUUUGAGGAGAGAGAGAGAGGGAGGAACAGUGGUUCAGUUUAGAAGAUGCACCAACUGGGCGCAGAGCCUUACAGUGCAGAAUUAUCCCAGGUUGCAAACUCCUGGCUAAGGUGGCAGUAGGAUUUCUUCAGAUUGUCCCAGAACCAGAUCAGUGGGUUCUGCUAGCAUUUAUCCUUUCUUGCUCCAUUGACUCCUGGUCUAUAGCAUCCAAGUGGAUCUGGAAGCAAACUUGGUUCUGACACUUGUGACUGCAUAUAUGCUUUCCAGGGUUGUGGAUGUUUGAGUUGAGAACCUAAUUUUGUGGAGAGGGGGGCAGGAGGGAGAAAUGGUGCAUUUCUGCUGGAACGGGGCCUACAGAGUCUGCAUGUGCAGUGCCGGAGAACCUGGGUUAGACACAGUGGUUUGGAAGUGAUUGCAUAUCAUUUACUAAUUGUGGUAACUAUGAUUAUAAUGUAAUUGAGUGUAAAAGUAAAGACCAUUUCAGUAUUAACUAACCUCAAGUGUACUUUCCCAACGAGUGAGUGCAUCUCAAAACUUGGUGUGAAAAGGCUGUUUGCAUCUCUCUGAAAGCGUUGUCUUUCAUCCCCCCCACCCCUAUCCCUAAAUGUGUUCAGCUAGCUGAUUUAUUACAUAUACACUCCAGAGCACUGUUUAAAAUAGGAAUUGGGCAUGAAGAUAGUAACUGUGCAACUGUUGCUGCAUCACCCAUGUACGUGUGUUUCCUUGCACUACAACAAGCAGUAACAGCUCUUCCCCUGUUCACGUUAAUUUUGUGCCCCCCCCCCCCCCCCCCCCCCAAUCCACCUAUGGUGCACCCUUGCAUCUGGUUAAUUACUGCAGUGGAUGCAAGGAGGGAGAAUACUGAGCUUUAUUUUUAAGUGGCUGUAUCUUCCCUUUCCUAAUUGAAAGCUUAUAAAGUGCAUUGUGCCUGAUUUGAGAUUGCUGUUUCUGUUAUGUCUUCGCUUAAAAAAAACUCAAGCAUUUAAAAAAAAGUUAUCUUAAUUCAAACAACCCCGUUUAGUAAAUUACCCUGAGUAAGUUAAGUGAGGAUCGUUUCCUUCUGAACUAAAUUUGUUUCAACUGGCGGAAGUUACAGAAGCUUUAAUUGAAUGGGAUGUGGUACAUUGUCUGAGUUGCUCUCAUGAGAAUGUAGUUGUAAACUGUUUUUAAUUGUGUGUGUGCUUGCCCACAGGUCAGCACUUCCUUGAUCCCUUGUGCUAGGGGAAUGUGCGCACAAAAUUAAGAACCUAAUGUACUUGGAGUGUAAGCAUUAAGAUGCAACCAAUAGGACACAACUUGUCCUUUACCAGGGUACUCCGUAUUUGCAUUUACCCCAUAUAAAUCUCCUCCACCCUACUCCCAAAGCCUGUAAUUGUUGGAAGUGUUGACCUGGUAUGCACACUGUUCACAUGCUUACUCACCUCCCACCCACCCACUCACUAUCUAGGUUAGUAUUCAGGCUGAGUCUUUUGAGAAGCAGGCUAGUGCUUCUUCCAAAUUUAAGCAAAAACGCACAAUUUUUUUUUUCCAAGUGGGUUGGGCACAGAGAGAGUAAGAAUCACUGCAUGACCUCUAAUCCACUGAAGGUAUUCUUUAUUGUCCAUUUCCCCAGCAAGCAUUUUGUAUUUUUUUUUUAAAGUUCUCCUGGGUAGACUGGUUGUGUUGCAGUUUACAAAAUGUGGUCUUCCCUGUGGAAGGGUUCACUGCUGUCACCAGACUGGUUUACUUCUAAUUGUGAUGUGGUAUGUUCUGAAUUGGUCCCUUCAAAUGACUCCACCUUCAUCCACCACCCUAGUGUAAGAUAGUUCAAGGCCCUUUCUCCACUUGCACCCCAGAGUUGAGAUGUCUCUUAGAUACGUGUUCUGGUUAUGGUGGGGAAACCCGGUGUGUGGCCUUGGUGAAUGUUUCUAGGUCUCCAGCGUGGUCUAAUGCGAUCUUGAUGACAGCAAUGGGGUCAACAGGAUUGAAGACCAUUGAGAGUGAUGGAAAGAUAAACAUAGGACAAAUGCAUCAGCUGCUGCAAGGGUUGCACUCUGGAGCAUUGCAUUGACUCCUGGCCCCAGUAUAGUUUUGUAUAAAAACAACCCCUUCCCCAGGCCAUGGCAGUCAGCAUGCUCAUCUGGGGUCAGCUUCACUGCAAGAUUUACUCAUUUUGUGCCCAUUUGUGUUUGGCUGCUAUUGUAAGGAAUGACGAUUGUAAGACUAUAAAGCCAUGAGCUAGCUUAUUCAGCCUAGGCUGUACUGGUCCAGAUAUGAAGCACCACUUAUUGCAUAAGCUAAAUUAAUUCUGCACUCUUCUCAGUGUAGAUGUGUAUAUUUUAAACCAUGUCGGGUUUUUUUUUGCGCAAUGCCACAUUUUGCUUUCUGGAGCACAUCCAGGAAUGUAGGCAGAUGAAGGAGGUUUUUUUUGUUGGCUUGGGAAGGGAGGGACAUUGGGGAGUUAAUGCAAGUUGGAUGACUUAUUUGCACAACUGUUUCAUUUGAUUUUACAACCAAUAUCUGUCGUAGGGGAGGGGGGUUGGGUGGGGUACGGGUGUAAUGUACUUUUUUAAAAAUUGUUGUGCAUAAUCUCCAGAGCUUUGUAGAUACUUUGCUUACUGUAUUAAUAACUUGUACUUUUUGUUGGUUGGAAGCCUGACUACAGAGUAAAAGUUUAAACCUCCCUCUGCUAAACACAAGAUAUUAUUUUCCAGGUUGGGGAGCUGUGUGAAUACUGCCUUUUCACAAGUCUUUUGAGCUUUGCAUUCUUUUUGUGGAUGUAAUAAGGGGAAGGGGGAGGUAAAAUAAGACAGACAAAUGUAAAUAGUUUGAGAUGUAAAAAAAACAGAAUAAAUUCGUACUGGGUUUCUGAAACUGAAA